AUGGGAGUGCUGCGGAGCACGCAGAUCCGGGAGGCCGAGGUGGAGGAGAUGCGCGCCGCAGUGCUGCUCCAUGGCGCCUGCCGUGGAUGCCGCGGCACGCGGCGUGAGCAGGUGAUGACCGCGGCCCGCAGCAGCACCUUCUCUGGCCGCCUGCCCUCCGGCGCGCCCUUCCCGAUCCCGGUCGCCGCGAGCCUCGGCAGGUCCUCGUUGAUGACCGUGGCCACCUUGCCCCUGCCGCCGCAGCUGCUGUGCUGCGCGCUGGAGGAACGCUCACGCCCGUAA